AACAUUCAACAACACCAAAAUCCUAAUAAAUUGGAUGAUCCCAACAUAACUCCUUUGCUUAGGCCCACAUCAAAAGAGUUUCAUGAUGAGUUAAAUUCUUUGCGCAAUGACAUCGAUCGUUUAUCCCAACUCAUGUCCUCAUUUCGAAAUCGUUCACAAUAUGCAUUACAAACCAAUGUGGUAUCAAGGCAUUUGAUACGUUUAAGACGUUUGGAAGGUCGUCUUUUGGCUUUGGAAGUGUACUUGGGCAGGGACGAAUGUGCUGGGGGUAGAAAUCCUUGUGAAAAUGGAGGAACUUGUUUUGAUGGGUAUAAGAACUAUCAUUGUGAAUGCCCUGAGGGAUGGAAAGGUAAAUCCUGUCAAGAAGAUAUCGAUGAAUGCUAUCUUUGGGCUGGCUCAGAUUCCGGAUGUCAGAAUAACGCCAUAUGCACCAACACUCCUGGUGGCUACAAAUGCAAUUGCUCCAAGGGAUUCACAGGAACCCAUUGCCGUUUACGAGCUGUCAUUUGCCAACAAUCAGAAUCAGCAGAAUUUUGUGGUCAUGGCAUCUGUGUGCCGGCCAACAAUCAUCAGGGUUACACUUGCAUAUGUGAUCAGGGUUGGACUCAAAACACAACAGCUGCGGUGAAUUCUACCGCCUCCUUGGCAUGCGAGGUCGAUGUCGAUGAAUGUGAGGCAUCCAAAAAUCCUUGCCAUGCUGAAUGUAUCAACUUACCGGGGAGUUUUAAAUGUGGCCUCUGUCCCCCUGGAUACACAGGCAAUGGUAUGACUUGCCAGGACAUCGAUGAAUGUGCUACAAAUAAUGGCGGAUGCAGUCUACAGCCCAAAGUUCGUUGCAUAAAUACAGAGGGUUCCUAUCACUGUGGUCAAUGUCCCCUGGGUUGGGUGGGAGAUGGUCAUUCCUGUGAGUUGGCUCCUACAAAUUCUUGCGAUGUGGAAAAUAUUUGCUAUGCCCAAGCCAAGUGUGAGUUAAUUUCUAAUGUGGUCACUUGCACGUGUCCUCACGGUAUGUUUGGUCAUGGCUUUGGACCAGAGGGAUGCCGCAGAAAUCCCUUAUUCGAUGGGUGUGAGCAACAUAUAUGCCAGAAUAAUGGCACUUGUUUGACUCGAGGUCGUGGCACCAGCUGCCUAUGUCCAGAUGGCUAUUCUGGAGCCUUAUGCGAGACUGCCGACAACUGCCAUCCCAAUCCAUGUGAAAAUGGAGGAUCUUGCAAAACUCAAUCGAAUCAAACCUUCAAAUGUGCUUGUCAACGUGGCAGCACAGGAAAACGCUGCGAAGUUGUGCGCAGCGUUUGUUCUACCAUUCAGCGAAAACCCAUGGGGGAACUCACCUAUCCCACCGACGGCGCCACAGAGUACGCCCCAGAUGAGAGAUGUGCUUGGUUAGUACGCACUCUGCCCACACAAGUUUUGAAUUUAACUUUCACAUCGUUCGACCUGGAGGAGGAUCCUGAGUGCAGUCGCGAUUGGUUGCAAAUACACGAUGGAUCUUCUUUGGCUUCGCAGUUGAUAGGGCGCUUUUGUGGCAAGGAUUUGCCAUUGGGAGGCAACAUAUUGUCCUCACAGCAUACCUUGUUCUUCUGGUUUCGUUCGGAUAAUGCCACCAAUAGACCAGGUUUCCAUAUGACCUGGCAUUCGCAGCCCCAUGUGUGUGGUGACAUUCAAGAAGUCAGUUUCAGAGAUGAGGGCAUACUUCGGUCCCCUGGAUAUCCAGGCAAAAUGCCAGCCCAUCGAGAGUGCGAAUGGGAGCUUUCGGCCCCCUUUGGAUAUCGGUUUGCUUUAAGGUUGUUUGACAUCAGCAUGGGUUCAGUGGCCAAUUGUGGAGGAGAUACCUUUAAGAUUUACGAUGGUGACUUGCUGUUAAGGGAAUAUUGUAAAUCCACAUCCUCUGAGCAUCUCACAACAUCAACAAAUAAACUCAAGCUACAUUUCCAUACCGAUCAACACGGCUCGGACAGCUCGUUUCAAUUACAUUAUGAAGUUGAGUCGGCCAAGCCUCAUUGUGGGGGCAUAUUUACGGAAGCUACCGGCCUGGUUGCAGGGCCUGUAUAUGGUGAAGCAGCCAUUUGUCUCUACCUAAUACAGCAACCAUCAAACACCCAAAUACAUUUGGAGUUUGAAAAUGAAAAGCUCUUUGAACUGGAAAAUUGCAAUUUGAACAGCAUUGAGAUAUUCGAUGGCAGAACUGAUGAAGACUCAAGACUGGCUAUAAACUGUGGUGGCCACAUCCAGACAUCAGUUAAAUCUUUCUCUAAUUUUAUUCUUAUUCGGUAUAUGAAUAAACUAUCCGGAGGUAGUAACCAAAGGUCCUUUAAGGCGAAGUAUACACGAGUGUGUGAAUUCGUUUACUCUGGAUCUGAGUCUGGUAUCAUUACCACUCCCCACUAUCCCAAAGCAUAUGCAGAACAAAUCACCUGUACUUACCGUAUAUAUGGACCAGUGAACCAGGUGGUACGCGCUAAUUUCACGGAUAUAUUUUUUAUUGCAACUAAACAUAGUGCCAAUGAAUCCCAAACAUAUCUGGAGGUAUAUCUCUCAGAAUCUGAAAGACGACGCUAUUACAAGGCUACUCCCAUGGAAAUUAUUUCGGAGUUGAAUAAAAUGGUCAUUGUAUUUCAUGUAGGCCAUAAUACCGGAAAGGCAGGUGGUUUCCGCCUGCAAUACUCUUUCGAUGCGGAUGUUUGUGGCGGUGUUCACACCGAGAUGCAGGGAACAUUUGGGCAUUUCAUGGCCAGCACUCAAUGUAAAUUUAUUUUUGAAGCACCUGAGGGGAAGAGCAUCCAUUUACAGUUCUUUUAUUAUAAAGGCAAUGAUUUGCCAACGACACAGAUAUAUGGGAAUAUGUCGGAUGGUUCCUCGUUUUUGUUAAGAAAAUAUGGUUUGCAUUACAGCAUUACAAGUCGCCAUCAUCGUGUCAAUGAGACAUUUCCAUUCAAUUUGAUUACCAUAAUUGCCAGUCCCCUUUCUUUGUUUAUAAAUGCAUCAUAUGAGUUUCAAAAUAAUUCCGAAGAUUGUGGCGGCUCAUUCAAUUGGCUAUACGGUGCCAUAAAAAGUCCCAAUUGGCCCAGUUCGUAUGGCGCAGAUUUGCAGUGCGUUUGGAUCAUAACAGCACCACUUGGCUCCAAAAUAGAACUAAAAGUGCAAAAUUUCACUCUAGAGCCAGAUUGUGCGGGUGAUUUUCUGGAGAUUAGGAAUGGUCAAUUUUCCAACUCUCCUCUAAUUGGACGCUAUUGUGGUGACCAAAUUACCACGCGCAUACCCUCUUUUGGCAACAGUCUAUAUUUGAAAUUCACUUCGGACAGUUCUGUUGAGGGGAGAGGUUUUCACUUGAAUUGGCAACAAACCCAGACAGGAUGCGGCGGAAAGUUAACAUCCUAUAAGGGAUCCAUACACACGCCCCAUAUGGACGAACUGGCAAUGAGUAAAAACAACGCCGAAGGCAGCACCACUUGUGAUUGGUUAAUUAAUGUGGCCCAGGGUUCUGGCAUACGCCUGAAGGUGACCUCCUCCUCCUCCUCAGAGAGCUCUGAUGCUUGCCGACACUAUAGCCUUCAGAUGUAUGAUGGCUCUAACGCUCAGAAAAGCUUAUUACCCUUCAACUGUUCCUCUCUAUUGGAGGUUUCCUCAGCUUCCAAUCAGGUCUUGAUUGUUUAUAACCUCAACAACUACAGCUUACAUAGGCCCGAGUUUAUGGUGGACUAUGAGACUAAUUGCAACAUGACGCUGAAUCUGCCAAGAGGCAUCAUUGAAUCUCCUAAUUUCCCCGAACCCUAUCCGGAGUUGCUAAACUGCAAAUGGGUCAUAUUGGCUGGACCGAAGAAUAAAAUUCAGCUGGCCUUUUCUCACUUAAGCUUGGAACUCUCAACGAAUGAUGUGGAUGAGUGCGCCCAUGAUUAUGUGGAGGUUCAGGAUUGGCAAAGUACAGAUCUUUUGAAAACAUAUCGCAUUUGUUCUCGAAUACCGGAGCCCAUAACCGGCGAAGGCAAUUACUUGAGUUUGCAUUUUGUAAGCGAUUAUUCCCACAGCAAAAAUGGAUUCCGCGCCGAAUAUUCCCAAUUGGGAUGUGGAGCAGAAUUGACGCAAGAAUUUGGCAGCAUAAAAUCUCCAAAUUAUCCCUACAGUGGCGUUGUACAUUGCCAAUGGAACAUAGAAGUGCCUGCGGGCAAGCAGAUCGUUUUCACUCUGCUAGAGUUCCAAGCGGAUAUUGGUGAUAGUUUUGAUUGCAACCGUAAUGGUUUGACAGUUAAGGAUACACAGUACUCCCCAUCCAGUCUCUUGGUUCAAUGUCCCAGUCUACAAUCUGCUCACAUGGUGACAUCAACCAUGAAUCACCUUUAUAUAGAUUACAGAAGUGAAACUUCAAACUUCAAUCACAACUUCUUUAAGGCCAUGUACCGCACCAAGGAAGCCUCAUGCGGUGGUGAACUAAUAUCCCAUUACAGCAUCAUCACUUCGCCCAAUUAUCCACACAACUCUACACACAGCCACAGCUGUCGGUGGGAAUUGAAGAUGCCAGACGCCCUCGAAAUUAUUGCCCACUUUAGUGAUAUUGAACUCGCCUACUCCGAUUGCACACAAAAUGCCAUCACGAUUCUGGAAUAUCAAGGCACAAAAGUUUCCGAUAUUUUGAGUUUUUGUGGCAGUGCAGACAAACGUUUUAUAAAACUAAGCGGCAAUAACGCAACCAUUAUGUAUGAGACAGUAGCAUCACAAUUGGGAAGCCGCUUCUCGUUGGUAUUUUACAAAAUGUGUGGUGGAAAUAUAGAAGCCGAUUCGGGUAUGCUCAAAGCCAAUGCUAUGGAAUAUUGCUCAUGGAAGUUCUCUGUACCGGAAGGUUCCAUAAUAAGCAUAAAUAUUGUAGAAUGGGAUUGCAAUUGUCAAAAAAAUGCCUCAGCAUGCCAAUAUUAUGGUCUAAGGUACGUGAAAAACUACGAUGACCUUUCCAAACCCAGCGAGGUGGUGAACUUCAAGUGCGAAUUACCUCAAACCAAUUUACAUUUUGAGACAUCGUCUCUGAAGUUGUUUGCGGAACAUGUUAACUUUCAAGCCUCGUUUUCAACAAUUCAACAUUCUUGUGGAGGAACGCUUAAAAUGGGUCGUGGAACAUUGGCAUCACCUUACUAUCCCUCAACGUAUCCACCAAAUGUGGAGUGUACCUGGAUAAUCACCCCGACACUGGGUAAUCUGCUUGAGCUUGAGUUUGAAGAAUUGGACAUGCCCAAAAGUGAGCACUGUAACGAAGACUUUUUGGAGGUGAGAACCGGGUUUAACGACAAACUUCUGGGUGUGUUUUGUGGAAAUCAGUUACCCGAUGAACCACUGACCUCAAAUUCUUUAUGGAUACGUUUCCAUAGCUCGGAGGGCAGCACUGGCAAUGGUUUCAAAAUAAAAUGGAGAUAUGCACACCUCAACGAAAUUACCAAUCAGACUUUUGGAAGCAUAGAGUCGCCGCCUAAAUCACUUCAGCAACUUGAAGAGAAACCUUUCGCUUGGCGCAUCAUUACCGAAAGAGGCAAACUCAUAGCACUGCAUGUCGAUCAAUAUAGAGAGGGAUUGAAGCUCUACGAUGGUUACGAUGCUGCUGCCUUGUCUGUGGCGAUAUCUACAGCACCAUGGCGUUUUGUUUCCAGUUCAAAUGUCAUUUAUCUGCAGACAGUGCCAGACGCGCCAAGUUACUUCAUGCUCAAAUGGACCACCAAGUUACUUGAUGAUCAAAUCUCCGAGUCAAAGGUCAUAGAUUCUAACACAACUGUGUCGAAGUGCCAUGUCGAAGAAUACGUAGGUCGUUCAGACUUUUUAUGGGUUAGGUCGCCCAACAAUACCAUGGGUAAUGGAUCCAAUCUCGCGUGUAAUUGGAUUUUUCAGCCAAAAGAUCCCCAUUUUCAUGUGGUUUCCAAAAUAAUGAAUGUAGAUCUGGAUGUGAGUGACGGAUGCUCCUCUGACUAUCUAAAGAUUUCCUCCUCCACCGAUUUGACACGUUGGCAUGAACUACAAAAGCUUUGCAAUGUGCCUAGAAAACCUCCAUUCCUCAAAUUUCAUGGAACUCCAGCUCUCAAAAUGGAUUUGGUAUCAGAUUUUGGAAUAAAGGGAACCGGGUUUUUGGUUAAUAUCUUCAUGGAAUGUGGUUCGAAUGUCACACAGUCGGUGGGAUUUAUCGAGGGCGCUAAACUAAAAAAUGCCAAUAGCUGUUUGUGGCACAUUACCGCGAAACCGGGAAGGCGCAUACAUUUGCAAUUGGACUUCGUCAAGCAAGAUAUGCCUGAACUGAGUGAUUGUCAGGAAUAUGUCCUCUUGUAUGAUGGGCUGGACGAACACGCUGCCUAUUUGGGUCAAGGAAAGUUUUGUCAUCUCUCGAAUGUUACACGAAUACGAAUGAAUUCAACCACCAACUAUGUGACCAUUAAAUAUCAUUUGCUGUGGCCCACCAACUUAAUGCAUCGUUGGAAUCUUACCUAUCGAGAAUAUGCCGAUUGCAAUGAAGAAUUCCGUUUGAUACCAGAGGCCUCAGCCAUCAACAUAACCUCACCAAAUUAUCCCAAUGUCCCUCAACUCCAUACUGAAUGUGAGUGGAGAGUUGUGGCUCCUGCUGGCGAACUCAUACAGAUCAAAUUCAUUGAAAGCUUUGACAUGAAUGUGAGAUUUUGUGAUAAGGAAUUUGUGGAGCUGUUUGAUGGUGCCACUGCGUUGGGCAGAAAACUGGGCACAUUUUGCCGCAAGCCAAAUACUCUUACCACAUCUCAGAAUAUGCUCUACAUGCGCUAUUUGACAGACACCAGUGAACCUCGUUUGGGUUUCAAGGCUCAAAUAUCCAUAGCAAGGUGUGGGGGCUCCUACACAGACCCAAAUGGACUUGUAGCAUCUCCCGGCUAUCCGCAGGCUGGUGCUUAUCCCUCACACAGCCAAUGUGAUUAUGUGAUCUCCCUAUGGAAUGACAAGAAGAUCCGAUUAAUUGUCCACGAUAUACAUUUACCAUUCGAUGGGAAUCGGCUACAAUCACUGGACUAUUUGGAGGUAAUACCCGUUUCUGGCUUAGCAGAAGAUAGCGAAGAGCAAUCAAGUGUUUUCUAUUUGUAUGGCAACACCACCAAAGGAUCUGAAUUUGAUUUAAGUGUCAGCAAGGCAAUAAUUCGUUUCCAUACCUUUGCCAAAAGUACCAAUUAUCGUGGAUUUUCAUUGAAAUACAACUACUUAAGCGGGCAAUGUAUUCAAGACGUUGAGGGUACCACUGGACAUUUAACUAUGCAUCUCACAGGAAGGGCCUAUUAUCAGUGCCGCUGGAAAAUCACCGUGCCCAAGGGUUUGAGGGUACGCUUGGAGUUUUUGAAUCUGAAUGAUUUGAAGCGGUCAAAUAAUUUUAGAUUUCUCCAGAUCACAAUAUACAAUGAUGACUCCACGUUGUCUCGUCUGACGUCAUUCGACGCGCGAAGUUACAAUGCAUCAUCAACAAUAGUGUCCACUGACAAUACCAUGCUAGUACGUUUGUCCUCCGCUACGGUGAUGACCGUUCGAGCCCGCUACUAUUCCGAUCAAGCUACCCAUUGUCCGCCAAAUAUUGGUGUAGAUGACAGGGAGGGCAGUGUCUACAUAGAGGACUGGCAGCCAGAAUUCAGGGCAAAUUACUAUUGCAGAUCUACCAUAAAAUCGAACGAUGGCGAAACUCUGGUCUUCAAUAUCAGCACUCUUGAGACAAUACACCCUCGUCAGGCUUCCCAAAUUCCUUCCCCUUUGACUUUUCAUGAGAGCUUCUGGAAGACGUAUUAUAACGAAAAUUUAACUCAAACAUUGCAUCCACUGACGCAUGCUUCUGGAGCAUGGGAGAUCAUGCAGACAGAGACUGUGCGUUUACACCGAUUAGCAAUGACAUAUAAACGUCAUUCUUGCGGGGGCCAAUUUACGCCAGCAGACAGUUUUCAAUUGGAACAACCACCAAUAACUGACAUCAACUAUGGCCCCAUACUAUGUGUUUGGUCUUUGCUCAAGCCUUUCCUUUCAGGCAGUGAUACAAAAUAUCAUUUAAAGGGAAAUUUCAGCUUCAGCGACUCCUGCGAUCAGGAGUUUAUUAUGCUCAAGGAAGACAGAUGGCAAAAUAGUGCAGUCAAAACGUUCUGCAGAGAUAACAAUGAGACCCUGGACGGUUACAAGCUCAAAAAUACCUUCACAUUCAUAGUCUACCAAUCGGCCAACUACAGUUCGCAACUGACCCAAUUCUCCAUAGAAGCUCGGAAGGCCAUAACAUGUGGCGGCGAAGUGAGAGUGACGCAAAUCAAUAGCAGGGUGGAGGUAGACAAGGAGCGCUACAACAACAAUAUCGAGUGUCCUUGGAUAUUCUACACUGAGCCAGGACUUUAUCUGCAAGUGAACUUCUAUGGUCGUUUCUUCAUAGAAAGCUCGCCAAACUGCACCAAGGAUUAUUUGGAAAUUCUACAUGAGGAAGAUGGUCUGUGGAUUCCGGAUGCUCGAUAUUGUGGCAGAGAGCUUCCAGCCCGCUAUAAUUCAACGACAUCUCGUUUGCAGGUGGUGUUCCGCACCAAUGAGGCCAUUACAGCCGAUGGAUUUUCCUUCUUUGUGCGGAAGCAUUGUUAUGAGGUACUCAAUGUAACCUCGGAAUUGCAGCGGCUGACUACGCCCAAGCCAUACGGCUACGGCAAUCAGCGCAUCUCUUGCCAUUAUGUAUUCCAGUCGAACGACACUCAGCAGUUGAUCAAGGUACGAGUGGUACUCGAUGCGGUGCCCAUACACAUCCGCAAUGAUGGUUGCCUCUACGGGUUCACUGUUUACAAACGCAAUGAACUCGGAGCAGAGCUAGAAAGCAGCAAAAAGCAUUGUGAAGAAGAAUUCGAAGAGAGAUCCCACGAGUACCUCAGGCUCCACUUUGAGACACGUGCACUAUACAGCACUAUACACCUCGAGUACAGCUUUGAUAGCUGUGGAGGCAAUAUCACAACCUCGCCAACAACCAUACGACCACUUAAUCAUGAAUCUCUGCAGAAAUAUGCCGACGACAUGAAUUGCAUUUGGCAUGUCACCGCUCCUGCUGACCGCUCGAUUUUCAUACGCUUCAAGUAUUUUGAUACGGAAGCGACAUAUGACCAUGUCAGCAUUUACGAGGGCAAUGCUAUCGAUGCGGAAAAGCUUGUGGAGAGGCUUUCCGGAAAUCUUACCGACUCCCUGCCCCAUGUGCUGGUGGAUGGUAGGCGAGCUGUUAUAAACUCCAUUUCCGAUUUCUCCAAAUCAGCCAAGGGUUUCCAAGCCACCGUCACAUUCAUCGCCAAUUGCAAUGAGCGAAUUUCAAUAACAGAUGGCAAUUCUCCUGUUCAUUUGAUGCGUAAUUUCAAAGUGCUGACAGGCGAGGAGUAUUUGUGCUCCUAUCGUUUAAGUGCUCCCAAAGGCUAUCGCAUUCGUGUGGACUUGAAAAAUCUCCAAAUCAAUAAUGACACCUCAAACUGUAGCCAAGAUACGAAGAGGAGAGAACCCCUUGGAGGAUGCAACACUGUGGAAAUUCUGGAUAGUGCUGCAAUGGGCCAGGAGUCAAUGGGCAAAUUUUACUCAGCAACGGGUAUUUCUCGCAUCAGUGCCUAUGCAGAUGCCACGCUGAAAUUCGCAGCUAGUCAAGUGGGGCAGUAUAGUUUCGAAAUUGUUGUAACUAUGGAGCCAAGUGAUUGUGGUCCUACAACGGAUGUUACAUUGGGCGAAAAUGAGAGAUUUGUCCUAAGCUUUCCUCAAAACAGCAGCUCUGCCACCUAUGCUGCCCAUGUCCACUGUACUUGGACUUUCAAAUACGAGCAUCCAGUUGAACUACAUUUCAGUUAUAUUGACCUACAAAAUGCUUCACAGGUUUCAGGAAAAUGCUUGGACUAUUUGCAACUUAAAAGUCAAUAUGCUUCUUACGCAACUUGUGGCUAUCUGGCAAAUUAUACCAUAGACUCGAAUAUUAUUUCAAAAGAUUCAUUUAAACUGACCUUCCAUAGUGAUGACAGCAUAGAGGGAAGGGGAUUUGAGGUCAUUAUUGAAAGAGCAGGAAAAUGUAAUCGGACAUACACAUCUCUAAGUGGGCGCCUAACAUACACCAGCAAUGCAUGGAAGAGUAGGGGACUUUGCAAUGACACCAUCGUCGUGCCUGAAGAAUACAAUUUGAAUUUUUAUUUUCAAUAUUUUGGUUUUUCCCAUUACAAUUGCACUAAAUUACACUUCAGGAUAAGCGAGCUCAAGACCAAUAAGACCAUAUACGAACGAUGUCGUAACAGCUAUAAAAAUGUGGAGGUGUACACCACUACAAAUGCGGUGCUUAUUGAGGCUUCGGAGUUUUCUGCGAUUCCCAUGUUUUAUGUGUCGAGCGAACGAAACUUGAUUCCCGGCUGUGGAGGAUCAUUGCCAUUCACUGACGGCAUCAUUGCCAGUCCACAUUAUGAAAAUGAUCGCAACUAUUCAGAAUGUCGUUGGAAUAUAACAGUGCCAUCACCAAAUGUGAUACUAAUCAACUUUCAAUCUUUCAAUAUGGGUCCCAUCACCAAUUGCCAUUUGGAUAAUGUGCAGGUGUACGACAUUAUGCCGGAUGGCUCAGAAAAAUUACUUCAAACCUUCUGUGGUCCAGAUAUACCCAAUGACUUAACUUCUACCUCAAGCCGGGUAGCCAUUAUCUCUAAGAAAUCUCCAAACUUUGAUGGCACCGACUGGAGCAUCGUGUAUCGCAUGCACCAAGAUUGAUACGCGACUUUCUGAAGGAGCUUGACCCCACUGCAAAGAAAGUGCUGAAAUCA